CUUGGAAGGAAUGUGUCCAGUUUAAUAUUUCGAUCCAGUGCAGGUAGAUUCUCAGAUUGAAAAUGACACAAUAAACCGAUUAAGGCAAACGAGUAAAAGCAGCCAAUCCGCUGCUUUGCUGCUCGAUUGCGUAUUGAUUCGGGUUGGAUCGUCCCUGUUGGCCGCCGGGCUGCUCUCAUCAAUCUCAGCCACACUCGGUACCUAUGUCUGUGUGGAGCUUCACUCCAUGGAUCUUUUACUUUGAGAGAACGGACCUGUGCAUUAAAACAUUAUUUUCCCCUCUAAUUAAUCUCCGCUGCUUGUGAAUGUAACGUGGAUUCGACGCGACGUGGAGCGAAGGGAGAGAUUUUUAAACAUUGGCGAGAGUUUGGCGAAAAAGUGCAACUCGCGGCGCGCUUCUGCUGCUGGACUUCAUCUCAGAGAAAAAACACAAAGCUGCUGCUGUGACCUUUAUUUUUCAUCUACAAUGGCAAGAGAUGAGCACGCUGCGGUGCCACAAUAAAGGAAUAGUUCAGUAGUGACACAACAAUCAACAGGAUCAUCUCCGGGAUCGAUCGACGAGGCUGAUUGAGGAGAGUAAAGCUCAAGUCUCUAAACUGGAUCCUACUGCGAGCAUCGAUUAACGGAUUUGACUGAUCACCUUCACACGUUUAACACCCUCAGAGGGAGAAGAUGCCGUUCCACCAUGUGACGGCGGGGCUGCUCUACAAGGGGAACUACCUGAGCCGCUCGCUGUCCGACAGUGACAGUGAUGUGUUGGCCAGCAUCUCUGUUGAGGAGCUCGAUGAGAUCCGGGAGGCGUUUAAGGUGCUGGAUCGUGAUGGAAAUGGGUUCAUUUCCAAACAGGAGCUGGGUAUGGCCAUGCGGUCUCUGGGGUACAUGCCCAGUGAAGUGGAGCUGGCCAUCAUCAUGCAGAGACUAGACAUGGAUGGUGACGGGCAGGUUGAUUUCGAAGAGUUCAUGACAAUUCUCGGUCCAAAGCUCUUGUCAUCUGAGACGAGAGAAGGCUUCCUCGGCAGCACAAUAGAUACCAUCUUCUGGCAGUUUGACAUGCAGAGGAUCACCCUGGAGGAGCUGAAACACAUCCUGUUCUACGCCUUCCGUGACCAUCUGACCAUGAAGGACAUCGAGAACAUCAUCAUCAACGAGGAAGAAAGCCUGAAGGAAAACUCCGGGAACUGUCAGACGGAGUUUGAGGGAGUUCAUCCCUCAAAGAAGAACCGUCAGACGUGCGUGAGGAAGAGCCUCAUCUGCGCCUUCGCCAUGGCGUUCAUCAUCAGCGUCAUGCUCAUCGCAGCCAAUCAGAUGCUGAGGAACGGCAUGGAGUAGCCGUGGCCACUGUGACCUGGGAACAAGCCAGCCUGCAUGUGCAUGCCAGUGGGUGAGCUCAUGUCCCUGCUGAUAGGAAAAAAACUGCAGAGAAGGAACAACAUUUAAAAUAACCAUCAAUGAAACCUGUUUUUAAACUUGUUUAUAGUUUGUUUUUUUUCUUCGAACAAGGGGCACGUCUCCAACCCAAUGUCUAGUAAAACCAUGAAGCCAGCAUGAGGAGUCAUGCAGGACUCCUCCCCUUUACUCCGACAGGGACACUCAAGGGCUGACAUUACACGCUGUCGUCUCUGUUUCCCUGAUGCAAUAAAAAAAAAUGUUAAAAAUAAUAAUAAUGAGUGCAGGAGUUAAGAGCUGCUGGCUAUUUCCAGCAGACGAGAUGUGUCUGCUGAUCCGUCACCCACCAGGAGUCUGAUGAGCCACCAGGGCUGCAGUCUGGACCCCAACAGGGAACCAGAAGAAGGAACCUUUGCCCUCUUAUUGCAGUUUCUGAAAGGCAAAGCUCACCACCGCUGAAGCAGAAGAUCUAUACGCAUCAGGCCGGAGGAGCUCCUCGAGGUGCUACGAUACUUUCAACUUCUGUGAGCUGCUAUGAGGUGCUGGCAUCACUUCAUCAGCCAAGCAAUGAAAAUCCUAAAUGGUAACUCCAGGCUUGUGUUUUGCCAUGAAUGAACACGAAAGCUCGAAAAAUAUGGUUUUGGAUAACUUCUUCCUCCUUGACACUGAUGGGUGAACACGGCGCAGAGUGCAAGGAAUCGGAAAAAAUCCACCCUUUAAUGCUUUCACACUACAUAUAUCAUAUUAUAUAUCCUCUGUCUGUGGUGUUCAGUGGUCUUUUUGGUCUCUUGGUUUGUUUUAUGUUCCUGCAUUUCCUAAAAUUACCUUGUACAUCCUCUAGACUAAUGUCAGCACAUCACAUUCAGCAGUUUCUCAAUAUGUAGGUGAGACGAAUGAGGAUAAUAGUAACAGCAAAAUGGUUUCAAGUUGAGAAAACAUGAAUCGCAUCUUCUAAUCUGAUUAUAGUAAAUCUUGUGGCUUAGAUAACAGAGUUCCUACCUGCAUCAAUUUCCUGAUGGGGUUUUACUAUUUUAUCAUGAGGGACUGGUACAAAAACCCUAACGUGAGGUUUUAAAUACCUGAGCAUUUUUCUGCUCUCAAACUCAGCUGGAAAUAAAUGUGAUGUGACAUCUUCAAGGUUUCACCACUAGUGCUUGAGAAAAAUGCCCCAAACUGUAAAAUUAGGAAUAGAAGGCACAUCACUACCAACGGAGGAGCUCUGAACAGUGUUGAAGUCUUUUAGGGUGGAUUUUUUUGUUGUAGUUUUAUCCUUCCAGUUAUCACAAAUCAAGUUAAUGAAUUAGAACUUCAUGCUGUGAAACGCUGCAUCCCUGCUUCCUCUUCAGAUUGUUCAACAGUUCUAAAAAAUCUUGUUUUAAUUUGACUUUUUUGUUGGUUUUGACAUUUCUACAGAUACACACUACUGUUCAAAAAUUUGGGGUCACUUAGAAAUGUCCUUAUUGUUGAAAGAAAAGCAGUUUUUUUCAAUGAACAUUAAAUUAAUCUGAAAUCCAGUCUAGACAUUGUUAAUGUGGUAAAUGACUAUUCUAGCUGGAAACAGCUGAUUUUUAAUGGAAUAUCUCCAUAGAGGUACAGAGGAACAUUUCCAGCAACCAUCACUCCUGUGUUCUAAUGCUACAUUGUGUUAACUAAUGGUGUUGAAAGGCUCAUUGAUGAUUAGAAAACCCUUGUGCAGUUAUGUUAGCACAUGGAUAAAAGUGGGAGUUUUCAUGGAAAACAUGAAAUUGUCUGGGUGACCCCAAACUUUUGAACCGUAGUGUAGCUGUAAUGAAAGGGUAUGUAAAGUUAAAGCACACUUAAAUUCAUUAAGUGUUUCAUCAACGUUUCAUUUCUUUUUCUUGCAUUUUCCUCAAAAUCUUCAUCCAUCCAGGUGACUGUUGAGUUUAAUGGAUUUUUUUGACCAUCCUGCAACCAAUGAGCAACUAAAAUGAUUAGGUAACUGUUUUGAUAAUUCCUUAAUGUUCAUUCUGUCUAUAAAUUUCAAUAUCAAAACUCAAUAUUUGACUGCACUGAAUACUUUUCGAUUUCAAUCUAUAGAAAUCACCUUGGAUUCAAGACAUUUAUUAUGAUUUUCUGACACCUUGUAAAACAAAUGUAAUUAUUUCAUUAAGGAAAAAAAUCUGCAGAUGAAUUUAUACUGAAAAUCUUUGUUAGUUGCAUCCCUUUAGUUGCUAUGAAGGAGUGUAGUUAUAUACACACAGCAUCUACUGUAGGUGCACUGCCUGGUAUAGGAUAUAAAACUCAAUUUUGAAGCCUUUUUAUGUUGUAUGAUAGAGGCCAUGUGUAGACCGUAGAUAAGGAGAUCACAUCCCUCCACAUUUAAAAAAACUUGCAGUACAACUAACUGUGCAAUAAGUCACAGGGUGUCCAAACUUUCUCACAGCGCUCAGUAAUUUACAGACCUGACACACUGAAUGCCCUCUGAGGUCGGCUCUCAACUCCUGCACUGACUUUCAUCUCGUUAAACCCCACCAGGGGGUCACAAGCACCCAUAUUAUCAAGUGCAUGCGAUCAAGUCAGUGUCUCCUGUAAAUACUGUAACCACGUCUCCAGUGUCUCCAGUGUCUGUUGAGGUGUACAGUAUCUGUGUGUGUGCAUGAGUGUCGGUGCUCUCUGCUCACUCGGGUUCAGAGGUGCAGAGAAGGAGCUCAGCAGACAGACAGACAGACAGACAGACAGACGGGCGGCUGCUUUAUCACAAACAUGACAGACGCAGGCGGUUUAGGCCCUUUCUGUUUCCUCUCAGCCCUCUUGCCAAAGCCAUAGAACUCCGCAGAGACCAGCCGGACAACACAGUAUUGAUGUUUUUCCCUGUUCCCACAUGGAAACACAAGAUCAAACGGGCAUUUUCUGGCAGAAAUAUGUGUAUCAUGUAGGACCUGGUUUGUUCCUGUUAUUGUUUUUUUUUGCACUGUACCUGUCAUCCAUUCCAAUUAAGUGACAAGAGGGGUUUUAGGUUUGUGCAAUAGUGCCAUCUAGAGGUGAAGUGAGCUCACAUCUUUCCAUGCUGUUGUCCAUCACAGUGUUCUGUGUGUUUCUCACUCUUUUAACCCUUUGAUGCAUAACCUGGGUCAAAAGUGACCCAAAUCCAAUGAAAAAUGGGUAUCUCCUGAUGUGGUCUACGCAUCAAAGGGUUAAACACUAUGGGAAUGGGUUGUCUGGCAGGACUCAGCAUUAUAUUCACAAUGUCUGGAAAUUGUUGAUAUUAAAUGUUAAAAUAUGAGGAUUUUUAUCUAUAAUGUAUAGGUUGAAGUUGAUCUACCGACACUGCAGGUAGAGAAACACUUGUAUGCGAAACACGUAUUUAAACAGUGUAUUUAUUAGGAAUAGAUUUCUUGCCUAUGGCAGAAAAAGUCAUUUUGAACCUGUAAAAGGUUUCAUUCAUAGAUGAUUUCUAAAUAUUACAUUUUGAAGACUGGAUACAAAGCACUUGUGCAAAAGCAGUCUUGAAAACCUUGUAGGUCACACUGGUUUUGAUUAAAAUUUGCUUAAUUUUUUUAUUUUUAAUCUGUCGAUCCUGCAGUAUUGGUGUAAAUUUCCUACCAAACUCACAACCAGUCACUGCUGGAAAAAUGUUUUAUCAUUAAUUUGCUAUUUGACAAGAACUUUGUCUUUUAACUUUUGCUUUUAUUUGAUAUUUUUGGGGAAUUUUUAGUUCCAGUUACUGUUUUUGCAGUUUGGCUGUAAUUGAAUUGUCCCCGCCCCUGCAGAAUGAUUGCAUGUCUCGAUCACUGAAGUAGAGUUUUGUUAUGGAGGGGAAAUGCACAGCGUCUCUUCAGUAGCAUGGCGGUUGGAUCCCAUAAUUUGUUUUUUUCUUUUAUUUGAUUAUGUAACUUUGUACAUAGCUAAUAAGACAAUAUAUCUAUUAGACAAGCACAUACUAUACAUACUUUGCACGUGCAAUAUUUAAACAUGUAGACUAGAGAGUGACUUUCAGUUGUGCUAUUUAUUAAAGGCAUAAUAAUUAUGGACUUGUAAAUAUGGUAAUCUGUACAAAAGUCAAAGGAUUAAGAACUGUUGCAAUAAAAAUAGUGUUUUUUAAA